AUGGGAAUAGCAUUGCUCGGUAAAACUCUUCUGCAAACCAAACGACGAUGCUGGCUCAAUCUCCUCCCAACCUUGUGGAACCUUGUCUUCGCCAACUUGAUUUUUAAGAUCGGAUCACCCCCUUUUUCUUUUUUCUUUCUCUAUUAUGCUCAUGUAAUUACUUUCCUCUCUCUCUCCUUUUACAUUGCUCAACCUCUUUGCCUCAUUGAUAUCGUUAAUACGCUUUUCUCGGUUCGAAGUGCUUCACCAUGUUAUGGCUGCGAAGACCGGAGCGAGAAAGUCUUUCAGUUCAGAAAGCCUUGGAUCUUGCUACCAUCUACUUGGAACAAGCCAAAGCCUAUAGGACAAAGGACCCUUCGCUUGCUCUGGAGAUAUGCUUGGACGCUGAGAGUGCUCUCUAUCGCAUACAACGGUCUGACCUAA